AGUUUAUCCGUUUCUUUUCUCGAUUUUAAAAUUUGUAGGAUCAGUUUUUUAACUCGAGUUCCAUCUGAGAUUGUUGUACAAAUAUCAGGCACAUUUACCCCCUGUCUCAUCAGACCUUAUUUUGAUUUCAACUUGCAAGGUUUGUAAUUUUGUUCCAUGGCAGCAAAUAGCAAAAUCCUAGUCAUAGGAGGAACAGGAUACAUUGGAAAAUUCAUAGUUAAGGCAAGUGCAGAAGCAGGACACCCCACCUUUGUAUUGAUCAGAGAGACCACUCUUUCUCAUCCUGAAAAGUCUAAGCUUAUUGAGAGCUUCAAAACCUACGGAGCUACUCUUCUUUAUGGUGAUCUAAGUGAUUAUGACAGCCUUGUUAGGGCAAUCAAGCAAGUUGAUGUUGUAAUAUCUACACUAGGGGGACAACAGAUAGACGAUCAAGUUAAGGUCAUAGCAGCAAUAAAAGAAGCUGGAAACAUCAAGAGGUUCCUCCCAUCCGAAUUUGGUCUAGAUGUGGAACGUCAUAGUGCAGUUGAGCCAGCAGCCAGCUAUUUCAAUAAAAGAGUGAAAAUCCGAAGGGCAAUUGAAGCUGAAGGAAUUCCAUACACUUACAUCUGUUCAUUUGGCUUUGCUGGAUACUACUUGGUUAAUCUGGGACAACAAAAUCUCACUGCUCCCCCCCGGGAUAAGGUUGUCAUUCUGGGAGAUGGAAACCUCAAAGGAGUUUAUGUGACCGAGGAAGAUAUUGGGACUUACACCAUCAAAGCAGUGGAUGACCCGAGAACUCUGAACAAAACUCUCUACAUGAGACCCCCUGCCAAUGUUUUGACCGUCAACGAGGUGGUGUCCUUAUGGGAGAACAAGAUUAAGAGUACCCUUCACAAAACCUACGUUCCAGAAGAUCAACUUCUUAAGAGCAUCCAGGAGUCUCCUUUCCCUAUCAAUUUGCGGUUAGCACUUUGUCACUCAGCAAUGGUGAGGGGAGAUUGUACAAAAUAUGAGACCGACCCUUCUUUGGCCGUGGAAGCUUCUCAACUUUAUCCCGAGGUGAAAUAUACUUCUGCCGACAACUAUUUGAAUGCGUUUGUCUGAAAUCUAUGGAACGCGUUAUUUGAAUGUGUAUUUCUCAAGAAUUUGUACCGAGUUUGAAUACAAGAUAAAAACAUUUUUAAGAGUUUUUAUGUUAAAAAUAAAGAGUAUUUUUAUUUAGAAGUUCCUAAACUUGUAUUCAAAAAGAAUCUUUGUCUUUCUAUUAUUUAGUUACUUGUGCUUUGUGCUGUUGUCAAAAGAGUUCUUCCAUACACAUUGUACCAUUGUUCGAAAGACGAAAGUUCUUCUAAUAUUAAUAUCCUGUUAUGAUUUCCUUA